AUACAGUUCAAAUUCCGCCCCACUUUGAUAAUGCCCACCGUCGGUUACCCCAAUUCGAUUCGGUCGCCGAUUCUUCGUCCUGGCUUCUAAUUUAGGGAUCGGAGUUGGGGGGAACCGAUGCGGAAUUAGGGAUUCUAGGGCUCGUUUUGGCCUCCUGGCUGUUUGCUCUGCAGGCUUGGGUUGACAUGAGCUCGAUCUUUCCGAGAUCUCUCUCCGAGAAGGCGCUGAGCAAUGAAGAAGGCGGCGAGGCGGGCGGAAGCACGCGCCUCUACUUGAACGUCUACGAUCUGACGCCAGCGAACAACUACCUCUACUGGUUCGGGAUCGGCGUCUUCCAUUCUGGGAUCGAAGUUCAUGGAAUGGAGUAUAGUUUUGGAGCACACGAUUAUUCGACUAGUGGAGUGUUUGAGGUGGAACCGAAAAGUUGUCCUGGGUUUAUCUUCAGACGCUCUGUGUGGCUAGGCACUACAACUAUGUCUCGUGGAGAAGUCCGCAUAUUGAUUGAAGAACUUGCUGGGAGAUAUCAUGGCGACGCCUAUCAUUUGAUCAUCAAGAAUUGCAACCAUUUCACCGAUGAAGUUUGCACGCGUCUGACCGGGAAGCCUAUACCUGGAUGGGUGAAUAGACUUGCGCGAGUGGGAUCACAUUGCAGUUGUAUUCUCCCAGAAAACAUGAUGACUGUUGGACCUUCUCAGUCCGUUUAUCUUGAAGAUGGGUCAGAAUCAUGCAGCUCGAGUGAUGAAGAAGAUGCAGAUCAGCACCUUCUAAGCAAACCAGCUGGUGAAACUGUGCAUUCAAAUGAUGAUUCGUCCGGGAUCGCUAGAGGUGUCGUGUGAUUUUUCUCUUGGCCUGUUGCCUUCUUAUUCUGAUUUAACCACCUAACUUGGCAUGUAAAAAUAUCACUCCGAGCGAUCUGUUAGGAUUUGGCGUAUACCGUGUGAUUGGUUGUGUUUUUCUAGUGUAAACAUCGAAAUUUGUAGCUGGUUUCUAAAUAGAAGUUUGAUGAUAGUUCAUCUGCUGUUUGCCAA